AUGCGAGAACUACGCGACGUGAUGCAGCUGCGCGUCGUGCUGUUUCAACAGGGGGGACCCGUCAUUCCACCUGUGGAGCUAGGUGAAUGCGAUACAGGGGCGCUGGCCGAGCGAGAACUCGUGACGGCGGAGGGCGACUACGACACGGCGAUGCUGGUGGUGGUAUUGACCGAUGCCUCAGCGUACAUUGGGCUAUCCAAGGGUCACUUAGAGGGUCAAAACAUGCUGGAAUUGAAUCGCGUGGCGGGGCUCGUUUCUGUGCUUACGCGGCGUCACGGCGUUGAUAGCUUUCAGUACGGUCUCGCUGGAACUGACGCCAUCGCAGACUCCGUUUAUCGUUCGUUUCGAGUCACCCGACUAGCUGUGGUCCAUGACAAUCCAGGGGGCGAGCGAAGCUACCUCGAUCGCCCAACAUUGUGUUAUUUGAUUACUCGACGCCUUCUACCGCAAACCCGCACCGACAAGAAGCGGUCGUCGCUGCUGCUCAGUUCCGCGGCCAAGUACUUGUUUGAGCAGUCCCAUUGGAUACACCACGAGAUCUACUACAUGGACCCGGCGUCGGCGUUGUUCAGCGGACUAGUCAUGCUGCGCUGGAGCGAAUCGCUUUACGUGAUGGACAUCAACCUGUGGCGACUGUUGACGUUCGAACGUGGAUGCAGAAGACACGCUACCUCGACAUAUUUGCAGCUGGCGAUUCCGCACGUUGAAUAA